AUAUUUUGCAUAUAAAUAUUCACAUAUGCAAAUUAGUAUUCCUCUUAGCAUUGCAUCUUAUAUUAGGUUACAUUCACACUCUCAAUUCAUCUAUAAUUCACAUUUCCCUCUCCCUUUUUCUGAAACGUCUAGCUAGCAUGAGUUUGAAGUGUUCUUCUUCUUCUUUCUUUUUCGUUCUCUUUUUCUUCUUCCUUCUUUCUUCUCAUGUCUCCUCACAAGCUUGCCAAAAAACAUGCGGCCAAAUACCCAUCAAGUACCCGCUCGGAACCGGGUCAGGUUGCGGUGACCCACGUUUCACACGUUACAUCACGUGCGACCCGGACCAACAGACUUUGACGCUCACCACCCACACAGGCUGUUACCCUAUCACUUCCGUCGACUACGCCAAGCAAGAGAUUUACGUCACUGACCCGUCCAUGUCCACGUGUGCAUGUACCCGACCCAGCCAUGGAUUCGGGUUGGAUUGGGACGCUCCGUUUUCUUUCCAUGACGACACCGUUUUCACGCUCCUUGACUGUUCCGUAGACGAAUCCCCUGUUUUCACGCCGUUAAGUAACGGUAGCGGACGUGUCUCCCUCUGUGACCGUCAAAGCUCCUCCAUUUGCACCUUCUUGUACUCCAAUUGCAGGGCGAUAAGUCUAAUAAACCUUCAAGUAUCAACGUGCUGCGUCUACGUGCCUCUUGAUCUCGGACCAUCGUUCGAAAUGGAUCUGAACAAACUCAAGUGCUCGUCGUACUCCGGCUUCUACAACCUCGGUCCAGGCCAAGAAUCCCACCCGGAGAAUUGGAACUACGGAAUCGCACUCAAGUACAAGUUCAACGUUUUCGAUGAGUACCCUGGCGUCUGCGGUGGCUGUGAGCGUAGUAACGGUGCUUGUGGCUUCAACACUCAGACAAGCUCGUUCGUUUGUAACUGUCCCGGUGGGAUCAACACGACAUCGGAUUGCUUUUUCCUAUACAACUCUGCUUCUAUUCUUGUUCCUUGGCUCUCAAGAGAAUGGGUAAUGUACCCUUUGCAUGGUUUGUUGUUUGGAUGGUUAUGAGUCUGCAAUAAAGGAGUUAAAGUUUUUGCGUUAGACAAUUCAAUCGGGGAGCAUCAAAAGAUGGAGUGGUUCGAAGAGAAAGCUUAAUAGAUUUAUUCAAAAAAAAAAAAAGCUUCAUAGAUCGAAUCUUUGCUUCUUCUUUCUAUAACUUUGUGAUAUCGCAGUAUAAGAUUCUCUAUUGCUUCUCUCUUUGCAAUAUUAUUCAAAACACCAUUAAUCUUAUUUGCUUUUUCUCCA